CUAUAGGUGGCGGUAAUAACAGUUGAAGUGUUAAAACUGGAUUAGACGAAGAAGCAGUAAAGGAUUGUGGGUCUGUGCAUGUUGUGUUGCUGCACAUUGACAUUGGGGAUUGAAUCGUGUGAGCAGACGAGAGAAGACUUCAGGAUGGGUGGCUCAGUGUCCAGUCCUGCUGCCACUGUACAAGCAGAGGCUCACUUAGGCAGCAGUGUCCCUCCACAGGGAUGUCCUAUGCACCAGGCACAACAGGAAAAUUCUCCUCCAUCUGAGUGCCCCAUGCAUCAGGCUGUGUCUCAGCCCACAGCUCCAGCAGGUCCAGCGCACCAGGAGAAGGCCUACGACUUUGUAGGGUGCCCCAUGAAGGCUGCAAAAGGAGUGUCUGACAUUGAUCCAACAAACAUGAUGCCACCACCAAACCAACAGCCAGCUCCUGGCCAGCCUUUCUCUUUGCCAGUUAACAGAGAAGAGUCCAGAAUUCCUAGAUUUGGAACAGAUAAAAACUGGGUAUAUCCCUCGGAGCAAAUGUUCUGGAAUGCCAUGUUGAGAAAGGGGUGGCGUUGGAAGGAUGAGAGUCUUUCCCCAGAUGACAUGACAAACAUUAUCAAAAUCCAUAACCGCAACAAUGAACAGGCCUGGGAGGAGAUCCUGAAGUGGGAGGCUCUACAUAUGAGUGAAUGUCCAUGUGGCCCAUCUUUGAAACGGUUUGGAGGUAAAGCAAAAGAGUAUUCACCCAGAGCAAGGAUACGCCACUGGAUGGGAUAUGAACUACCCUUCGACCGCCACGACUGGAUAGUGGAUCGUUGUGGAAAGGAAGUCCGGUAUGUGAUUGAUUAUUAUGAAGGAGACCUCGACACAAACACCUAUCAAUUCUCUAUCUUGGACGUGCGUCCCGCAGUUGACUCUCUUCAAGCAGUGUGGGACAGAGUAAAGGUGGCCUGGUGGCGUUGGACAUCUUAAACUCCUGAAAAGCUCAUAUGGACAUUUCUCCUAUAUGUAAAUACAAUCUGAAUGUUGAUGUAGACAUAUGUAAAUGUAUUCCGCAAAACUGAUAACGAUACAAGAUGAUAAAGGCUUGUGUAUGCAGAUGUGAUUGAGAUAUCUCACCCCAGAUUAUGUACACUGUUAUAAUUAUUAUACCCAUUUGGUUUAUUAGUUAAACACGUGUGUAAAGCAAAAUACCAUAAAGUUUAAUGCAGGUUUAAAAUAAUUUGCAAUAACAAAAUCUGCCAGGGAUUUUCUUUCAUAUUGUGGUGCUGCUACUCUUUCUGUUUGUGACCUUCUUCUUUAACAAAUGCUUUUGAAUUGAUUUUCAAUUAGUGAUAUACAUGAUGUGAGUUUUUGUGCGUAUUUUUAAAGGCUAGUGUAUUUAAUUAAAUUAUGCUGUCCAUAUGAGUGUGGUGAUCUAGGCCACUUUUAUUUCUGGAUUUUUUAAAACCGAUUAAAAACGUAACUGGAUUACAAACCAA